AUGGGAAGUUCAUGUUUGCCUCCAGGAUUUAGAUUUCAUCCAACUGAUGAAGAGCUCAUAGGCUAUUACUUAAGUAGAAAAGUAGAAGGUCUCGAGAUCGAACUCGAGGUCAUUCCUGUUAUCGAUUUAUACAGAUUCGAUCCUUGGGAGUUACCAGAUAAAUCUUUUCUUCCGGAUAGGGACAUGGAAUGGUUCUUUUUCUGUCCAAGGGACAAAAAAUACCCAAACGGUUCUCGAACCAAUAGAGCUACAAAAGCCGGUUUUUGGAAAGCAACCGGUAAAGACCGGAAAAUUACAUGUAAAUCGUCGUGUUCUUUAAUCGGAUACAGGAAAACACUAGUUUUCUAUGAAGGCCGUGCCCCAUUAGGUAAUAGAACUAAUUGGUUUAUGCACGAAUAUCGUCUAUGCGAUGAUGAUCUUUUGCAAAAAUCACCAAAUUUCAACGUAGCUUUCGCGUUAUGCCGCAUAGUAAAGAAGAAUGAAGUCAAGACCAAUUCAAAGACUUUGAAAAAUAAAAACGAACAAGAAAGUGGUUCGGGUUACUCUAGCCUGGUGACUUCUCCUUGUCGCGAUGAAGCAACGCAGUUUCAUACGUUCAAGCCUUCUUCUACCACGAGUGACUCUUUUAAUAUUUGGAUUUCUCCUGAUUUCAUUCUUGAUUCGUCAAAGGAUUAUCCUCAAAUUCAGGAGGUUGCUUCUGAAUACUUUCCAAGAUAUCAGUUUCCAGUCACCGCGGCAAACCAAUUUCCGGCGAGCUCUUCUAAUUUAAACGUUGAUCAGUCAGUGCAAACCGAUUAUUGGACAAACUAUGAAUACAACGACCAAACCAGUUCCUUCGAUUACUCAAACAUUUUCUAG